AAAACUUCAUGAUUCAGGGGGGGGACUUCAGCGAAGGUAAUGGAAAAGGAGGUGAAUCUAUUUAUGGUGGCUAUUUCAAAGAGAAUGUGGUCUUUUGCAAAAUGAAAAGGUAAGAGACAAAAGCUCAGUAACACAAAUUCAAACUCUGUUCCCUUGUACCCUCCCUAGUAAAUAUAUAGACAACUGAUACAUCCCUUUGUAGAUGGAUAUCUGUGUUGCUUGGAGAAAUGAAGAGUUCUGUGUCUAACCUUUCUGAGGGUUAAUGACUUAUUCUGAGAGAGAAUCCUGCCAUAAUUUCCAGCUCUAAACAGUUAUUUCUUCUUUUUUUUUUUUUUUUAAUGUCCCUUUUCCUCCCCUUCCCCUCCUCAAGGUUUGUAUGCUUAGUGUUCAUUUCUAAAGUGUUAUUUACAAGCUACACGAGUUAUUUUCUUUGCAAAGAAUUUGUAAAUAAAUUAAAUUUACCUCUUUUAAAAAUCUGUUGGAAGGAAAAUGGUGAGUUUAUGAAGUAUUUGUUUAAAAGACAGACAAUUGUUUCUGAAAAAACAGGUGGCUACUGUGGUGUUCAAAUAUUAAGACACUGGAUGUAUUUGUUCUGUAUGUGUUGCAAGUAGCUCUGCCUGGUUGUGCAUGAAGUUUCUCUUUAAAAAGAGACCUAGUUUGAUGUUGGAGUAUUAAAAUCUUUAGUCAAGGGAAGUCUUUAAUAGAUCCAUAAAUUAAGAAGUUACUCAAGGUUUGUUUCUCAACAUGGUGAGUGCUGAAUAUGCAGGAUUGAGUUUUGAUAUAUAAUCUAAAAAGCUGCAGCUUUGUACACUCAAAUUACUAUUUUUACUUCUGAAAAUGACCUUCAGAAGGUUUUAUAUUAUUAUGCUGUGCAACCAGAGCUCCUCUUUAAUUCACUGGAAUAUAAAAUGCAUGUUUAGUUUAGUCUUAAUUGGUUUUAUACUUAGAUUCAGAUAUUUAGGUGGGGUUUUUUUCCCUUGUAUGUUUUGAGCCUUCCAGUUUUGAAAGGAUAGCUGGCAUCUUUAAGUGCCAUGCCAGGAAAAUAAAUAAAUGGCUUUUUCUCCUGGUCUUUCCAGCUGGAAAAUAAAUAACAAUAUCGUGUAUGUUAAGUCUUGUUUUAGAAUGUUAGUAAUUCUGCCAACUUUGUUCUUAUCCAAAUAAGACUGGAUUAAAAUCCAAAUCUGUAAGAAUCUAAUGUUAAUUGAAGGCACUAAUAACGACUUUAAUUAUUUUCAUUAGAAAUGUUUGCACUAUAUCUGAAACUUUUCUGCUUUGUCUCAACUGUAACUUUUAAGAGACUUAUUUAAACUUGUUUUUUCCCCCCACCCUGUUCACGUUUCUCCAGCAGCAGCAGAAUUUCUCCUCGUAGCAUCCAUAAGUUACUAAGAAAAAAAAAAACAAAAACCCGCCUGCCUUGUCAGGGGAAAAAAAAAAUCUGACAAACAUAUUUUUUCUUCAAACAGAUGAAAACUUUAUUCUCAAACAUGACAGAGCGUUCCUUUUGUCAAUGGCAAACCGAGGGAAACAUACCAAUGGUUCCCAAUUUUUCAUAACAACAAAACCUGCUCCUCAUCUCGAUGGUGUCCAUGUUGUCUUUGGACUGGUUAUUUCUGGUUUUGAAGUCAUAGAACAGAUAGAAAACCUCAAAACUGACACUGCAAGUCGACCCUACGCAGACGUUCGGGUCAUCGACUGCGGGGUGCUCGUGACCAGAUCAGCCAAGGAUGCUUUGGAGAAGAAGAAGAAAGUCUGUUCUGACUCCGAAGGCUCCGAGUCCUCCUCCAGUGCAUCCAGCUCUUCAGAAUCCUCAUCUGAAAGUGAAGCUGAAAAUGAAAGGAUCAGAAGGAGAAAGAGGAAGAGAAGAACUAAAACCAAACAGUCCAGAAAACGAAGGAAGGAGGAGAGGAGGAAAGAGGAUCCAAGGUGCAAGCGAAGCUCAAACCAAAGACGCAGCCUUUCUGACAAGAGUGAUGUCCCAGACAGAGUGGACGUGAGCACAAAGAGGGACAAGCCCGUGGUACGUCCUGAAGAAAUUCCCCCAGUGCCUGAAAAUAGAUUUUUGCUCAGAAGAGAUGUGCCUGUUGUCAAUGUAGAGCCUGAACCGAAGCUUCUUGAUGCCACUCCAGUUCUGACUGACCAGAAACCAUCAGUCUCAAAAUCCGGACGAAAAAUUAAAGGAAGAGGCACAAUACGAUACCACACCCCCCCUCGAUCCCGGUCGUGUUCCGAAUCCGAGGAUGACGAGAGCAGUGAGACCCCUCCUCACUGGAAAGAGGAGAUGCAGAGGUUGAGGACGUACCGACCUCCCAGUGGGGAGAAGUGGAGCAAAGGAGAUAAGUUGAGUGACCCAUGUACAAGCAGAUGGGAUGAAAGAAGUGCAUCCCGGAGAUCCAGGUCCUGGUCCCAUAAUGGUUAUGCUGAUCUAAACACCACGAGGUACUCCAGCCAUCACAAGAAGCACAGGAAAGAGAAGAAGAAGGUGAAGCAUAAAAAGAAAUCUAAAAAGCAGAAGCAUUUCAAGAAGCACAAGCAAACGAAAAAAAAGAAAGCCUCGGCCUCAUCAGACGUGGAAUCUUCUCAUUCCUUCCACAGGAGGACAAAGUCAUCUUGUGAUCGUGAGAGGAAAUCUCGUUCUUCUUCCUUGUCUUCUAGGCGUUCAUCCAGAAGAGACUGGUCCAAGUCUGAUAAAGAAGAUCAGAGCUCAUCAUCUUUAUCAAGCAGAGGGUCUCGCUCUUACUACAGGUCCAGGUCCAGAUCCAGAUCCAGAUCCAGGUCUAAAUCAAGGUCUUACUCCCGAAGAAGUUCUAGAUCGAGAUCAGCCUCUAAAUCAUCACGCUCUCGAAGUAGGUCAAGGUCCAGUUCUAACCCCAGGCAGCAAAAGACUGUUCCCAGUUCUCCACGGAAUAUUUCAACCCGAUUAAAUGACAGUAAGUUGACCAAGGCAGCCGAGCCCGUCCGAGCAGUUCUUCUGCCCAGUGACAAAGUCGUCGUCCCACCAGUUGUCCCAGAAAACCUCCCUGUGAUACCCUUAAGCGACAGUCCACCUCCUUCCAGGUGGAAACCUGGGCAGAAACCAUGGAAGCCAUCCUAUGAGCGAAUUCAGGAAAUGAAAGCUAAAACAACCCAUUUAAUACCCACCCAAACUAAUUACAGCCUGGUGGUCGUUAAAGAGGCCAACACCUCCUCCUCCUACCGCAAGCGGGAGAGGAGCUCGGAGAGCGAUCGGAGUGGGUAUUCCAAAGGCCGCAGCGACAGGAGCUCGGAGAGUUGGCCGAGGUCCAGGAGCAGGUCCUCCCGAAGUCGGUCCUACUCCAGAUCCUACACAAGAUCCAGAAGUCCAUCGAGCUCUAGGACAAAAUCCCACUCUUCUGGCAGGUCCCCGUCACCGAGCAAAUACCGCAGUGACCGGUCGGGGUACAGCGAGUCCACGUCUUACUAUUCCCUCAGCGACGAGGACAGACACGGGAACAAAAGGAAAUCCACGUCCAGCGAUCAGAAAGCUCGGGGCUCCAAACUGAGGCAGGAGACGAGCUCAGAAAGUCCCCUGCCUCACAAACAUCCCAAAGACUACGAUGAGUCUUCCCAAGGACUGAAGGAGAGCGACACUUUGUCAUCCUCAGACUUCUCCAGCGACAGCGAGCGCUCCGCCAAAGCAAAAGCGGUCCCAGAGAAGGAAAGUCGUUUUCCAUUAGAAGGGGAUGCUCAGAAACAGGAUAAAAAUAGCUUGAGUUCUGAGAGAGGGGAGGAGAAGUCCAAGUGUGAGCGGGAUUCUGAUCACUCCAAAAGGAAAGCAGGGAAGGAGAAGUUUCUGGAGGAACCCAGAGGAGGGGCAAAAACGAAACGGAAAUCCUACUCAGGCAGCAAAUGGGACUCAGAGUCAAAUUCCGAAAGAGGAGAGGCAAGGCAUAAUAGGGGGGAUUCCAGACCCUCCUCUGGUAAAGAAGAAGGAGAGGCCACCUCAGGGUCUGAUACAGAGCUCAGUGUCACCAAAAGGAUAAAGAAACAAUCCAAUUCCUCUGAAGGCUUUUUGGACUCUGAUUGGAAGACAAACAAACAGUUGUCAUCUUCUGAAUCCGACAGUUCCUGUUCCAGCUCAGCAGACACUCGAGGCAAGUCAAAAAAACACAGGCAUGGGUUGAAAAAACAACUUAAGAAAUCGCAUUCCAAAAAGCCAAAAGAAAAAUCCAAAGGGAAAAAGGAGAAAAAACACAAAGUCCAGAAAAGAAAAGAGAUGUUUCAUUGGCAGCCCCCCCUCGAGUUUGGUGAAGAAGAGGACGAUGAGAUAAAUGAAAAGCCAGUUGCCAAGGAUGAUAAAAAAGAAAAGCAGCUUACCAGGGACAUAAAGGAUAAAAAACAAGUUUAUGAAAAGGAUGAAAUAGUCACAGAUAAAAUGGGAAACGGUGAAAAGUCGUGUGGGAGUGAAAACCUUUUAGAUAAAAACACCACAGGUGAGGCCUCCCCAGAUCGCAGCAACCUUAAUAAAGAGAACAUUGAAACAAACGCUUCAACUGGUGCUUUAAACUCAGGAAUAAACGUUUCUGCCUGCAAGAAUGAGAUUAAACAAGCUGAAGAAAGUAACCAGAACGGAUUGGAGGACGUUAUUCAGACAGAUGACAACAUGGAGAUCUGUACUCCGGAUCGUAACUCGCCAGGGAAGGUGGAUGUGGACGUUUUGUCUCCUGUCAUUCUCACUCCUAAACCCCAGGCUUUAAGUGCUGCUAUAAAAAAGGAGCUACAGGUUGAGACCCCUGAGCAAGAUGCUGUCAAACUAGGAAACAACAUUAGAGACUUGAUUCAUAUUAAAGAAGAAAAAGAAACAGGAAGGCAAGAAAACAACUCUCUGUCUGGUGCUAAAGACCGUGGUUUGAAAAGUGAAAUGACUGAAAAUCUGCAAAGCAAUAUGAUAGACAAUAAAUGGAAGCCUUUGCAGGGUGUUGGUAACCUACAACCAGCAGCAAUUAGUACAGCCACGGAGGUUAAGAGUGUAGCAGUAGCACCAGAGCCUAAACCAGCAGGUUUAAGGAUUGAAAUAAAAGCCAAGAAUAAAGUAAGGCCUGGGUCUCUGUUUGAUGAGGUCAGGAAAACAGCCCGGCUCAAUCGGCGGCCCAGGAACCAGGAAAGUUCCAGUGAGGAGGAAUCUCCAAGCAGAGAUGACAACAGUCCAUCCAGGAGCCUCAGUAGAUCACGGAGUAAAUCUGGGUCUAAAUCCAGACACAGAACAAGGUCCAUAUCCUACAGUCACUCCAGAAGUCGAUCUCGAAGUUCUACAUAUUCAUACAGGUCCAGAAGCUACUCGAGAAGCAGAAGCAGAGGGUGGUACAGCAGAGAUCGCUCAAGGAGUCGAAGCAGUUCUUACCACAGUUACAAGAGUCGUAGUCGAAGCUACAGCCGAAGCCGAUCCAGAAGUAGUUCUUACGGUCAUCACAGUCGAUCCAGUAGGUCCUACACAUAUGACAGUUACUACAGCAGGAGUCGGAGUAGGAGUAAAAGGAGUGACAGCUACCGACGGUCCCGGAGCUACGAUCGGAGAUCCAGGUCCUACGGCUCCGACAGCGAAAGCGAUCGCAGCUACUCCAACAACAGGAGCCCCAGUGAGAGCAGCAGAUACAGCUGAAAACACUUCUGGGAGGAUGAAAACUGUGUUUCAUCAUUUUUUCAGUGUUACAUUAAAAAAAAAAAACCAAACAACAGAACCAAACUGUUUUGAGGGUGUCACAAGUGAAGGUUGUUUGCUGAAUUCGCUGAAACUUUCCCAUUUACCGGCGAACUCGCUCGACUCUGUGCUCACAGAGAGAAGGACUGAGCUCCACAGCUGAGUUGAUUUUUUUAAUUUUUUUUAUGUGAAAUGCAACUUUUACAGGAUAAUUAAAAAAAAAAAAAAACAACAACCCAGCAGUUUUGUUUCCUCGAAUUAGCUUUUCCAAGCCAUGGAUGACUCUUAGAUGAAUUGCUGCCACCGCUUUUCCGGGUGCAACAGAGUCUGUUUAUAAAUAAACACCUUGAGGGCUUUGUGCCUGUUCCUGGGAAAUGUGUGUGAGCAACUAUUAAACUGUGAAGUCCAUUUCUUACCAAGGCUGCCGUUUCUAGUUUAUGAAAAUGCUUUUUUUAAUGCUGGAAUCUGCAUUCUGUGCUGUCUUGAUUGUCGAUUAUUGCGUUCUGUGCAGGAUAGAGGCGAUGAAAACAAAGCUGCCACUCUGUCUUAAUCCUUCCUGAACUGUGAGGUUGAGGAAUUCUGCUGGAAAAGGUGAGAUGAUGCACAGUGGGAAUUGUCAAACUGACAAGCAGCGAGCAAAAGUGUGAUGUGAAUGAGUUUUGAGCUUAAUGUCCAACUUGUCUAAACUUUUUAUGUUUCAAAAAUGAAUUUUGUGAUAAACAGCAAUGUCCUUUGGAGACUAAAAAAGUGUUUCCAAACACUUCUUGACUUUCAUUUCAGUUCCUAUUACAGCGCUUGGCAUCCUCCACCACAUUUUGGGUGUUGUUAAAGCAUUGAGUGUGUCAUGAGUUUGUCCAAAACACUUUUUGAUAAUUUUUUGAGAAAACCAACUAUAGAGGUUCCUUUAUGAAAUGCCUGUAGGUGUAUCCCAUCCUAUGUUCCAUAUAGGGAAUAUCAGAGAUUGAUACUGCAGAUACUGAACUCUAGAUUGUUAAAAGGAUGGGACUACAAAAAUACUGGGUUGCCUGAUAAAAAGCAUGGACAGUACUUUACUUGGAAAGUUUAUUACCAAAAAUGACUCCAUGUUCCAGGUAUUUGCAAAAAAAUAAAUAGAUUUAAGCUGAAGACCAUUGAGUAAGUUUUGCAAUAUUCUGACUGAGUUGCUGUAAAAUAAUUUGUGAAGUUUUUCAGGGGUUUAGAAAGUUGUGUACUGAGAACCAGAUUUUUAAUGGCACAAUGUGACCUGCAAAUUGGGGUCUGUGGUGACACAACAGACUUAACAUUGUUUGAUUAGAGCUACCGAGCUCUGUUGUAUCAUAAUAGUUUUCAUUACUGACUUUCUGUAAUAUCUGGAGAUGCUUUCAUUUCUCUCAAAUGUUUUCAAAUACUGGAAAUGACUUUUUUUUUUUUUUUUUUGGUGUGUGUGAUCUCAUCAGGCCCCAACAGCUUUGAAAAUUAAAAGUGGUUAUUUCUCGCUUAGGCAUCAA